AUGGCUGAGGAAAGCAAGAGCCAUGAGUACGAGACCAACGUUGGAGAAAAGAGUGGUGCUGUUGAGACCAAGGAUCGUGGGUUGUUUGAUUUCAUGGGGAAGAAGGAAGAAGAGAAGCCACAAGAGGAGGUGAUUGCUUCUAAGUUUGAAGAGAAAGUUCAGGUUUCUGAGCCUGAGACUAAAGUAAAGGAUGAGGAGAAGAAACCUAGUCUUUUGGAAAAACUCCAUAGAUCAGGCAGCAGUUCUAGCUCUUCCAGUGACGAGGAGGAAGGUGAGGAUGGAGAGAAGAAGAAGAAAAAGAAGGAUAAGAAGGGAUUGAAAGAGAAGGUCAAGGAAAAGGUAUCAGGAGAGAAAGGAGAAGAGGAGAAACAUGAGGACACUAGUGUUCCUGUUGAGGUAAUCCACACAGAAACACCCCUUGAAACAGAGGAGAAGAAGGGUUUCCUUGACAAAAUCAAGGAUAAAUUGCCAGGACAUAAGAAAGCUGAGGAGGUCUCUUCCCCUCCUCCUGUUCCAGCUGAACCUGCUUCUACUGAGGCUGCAGUUUCCCAAGAAGGAGAGGCCAAGGAGAAGAAGGGAAUAUUCGAGAAGAUCAAGGAGAAGCUUCCUGGGUACCACCCCAAGACCGAGGAAGACAAGGAGAAAGAGAAGGAGAGCGCUUCCCAUUAG